CGCCUGUCACUAUGGCACCGCACUAUAAUUCUGCCGUAGUAAGUUUUAUAUUUUUGUCGUUGCUGGCAUUUCAAGUCAGCAUUUGUUUAUCCGAUAUCCAAAUAAGUUCAAACGAAACAACAAUGGCAGCAUCUGCUGUGGCCAAACCUCUGUUUGCCUGCGAUUUCGAGGUGUUUGGACGUGUACAAGGUGUUUUCUUCCGCAAGUACACGGAGAGCCAGGCAAACAGCCUGGGCGUUAGAGGUUGGUGCAUGAACACCAGAGAUGACACGGUUAAGGGACAAUUGGAGGCACCGCUUCCCCAGCUAAACGAAAUGAAACAUUGGCUAGAGACCAAAGGGAGUCCAUCGUCCAUUAUCGAAAAGGCAACGUUUUCGGCGGCCAAGGAAAUUCCCGACUAUACUUUCAGUGGCUUUUCCAUUAAGCGCUAGAUCCCAAAACACGUUGCAAGCUCAAUACAUAACUUAUUUUCGGUUUAUUUAGAGUUCCUUAAACUAUGUAAUGUGAUGUGAGUGCAUGCACCUAAAUAUCCUAUCCUCCAGUAGACUCGAUUUCAAAACGUACAGCAUAUAAAGGUCAUCUAUAAGUGAUUCAGCCCAAA